UCGUUGCUCUUGCGCCAUUCGACACCCACAUCGCGGCAUCCAUGACCGCAAGCUCCUAUCUCUCUGUUGCUACCUCCCAUCGACCAGUGCUCCCAAUUUGGAGAAAGGCCAACGGUGCUUAUGAAGCAACGUCAGGGGAGCUGCUACCCCGAAAGUCGGAGCUGUCCAAGGGUCGCUUAAAGCUUGCGCGUGGAUUUGCACGCAGGCCCCACGCCAGGGAAGCUCUAGCUAAAGCUGUCUCAAGCUCCUCUCCCACGUUCCCAAGCGGGCAAACGCAACUUCCCACAACAAGCUCUGCCUCAAAAGGCCUCUCGACAUCUGCCAAACAUGUCGCGCCUCCCGCAGAAGCCCGUCGCGGGCCUAACAAAGGGUCUUCGAACCCCCAGCCGAGUGCGACCGGCUACGAGGCAAACUUCGACAACGGCGAGAGCGCCCCAGGCGAGCUCACCAUGCACAGCUCUCGGCGGCACCCGAUGCUACGCAACGGGCAGCGACAACAAGCCCUCGUUCCAAGGCCAGAUGCUCGAGAGCGUGAGCUCCCGUAUCGCGCGCGAGAAGGCCGAGCGUGAAAAGUUUGCUCGGCAGAGGAUCGAGAGCGCGGGCACGAGACGCUGGGCAACUACCUUUGUCAUUCUUGCUGCCAGUCUUGGCUCAUAUUUCUUGGGCACGCUGAGCCCCCGCGACCCGGCCGACACAUCAACAGCGCCACUCGGCCUUGUACGCGAUCCGAAGCACAAGGUCGACAAGCACAACCUCGAGGCAGCAUGGGCCGACUUCGCGGCCAUAGUCGGCAAGGACAAUGUCAGCACCCUCUCUUCGGAUCUCGACUCGCACGCUGGGUCGGAGUGGUCGAGCUACCGCAACGACGAGGGAUACAAGCCAUUCAUGGUCGUCUUCCCCAGCAGCACAGAAGAGGUCAGCCAGAUCAUGAAGGUGUGCCAUGCGCGCCGGAUCCCCGUCGUGGGCUACAGCGGCGGCACGAGUCUCGAGGGCCACUUCACCCCGACGCGCGGCGGCAUCUGCGUCGACUUUGGCCGCAUGGACAAGAUCCUUGCUCUGCACAAGGGUGACCUCGACGUCGUGGUGCAGCCAGCCGUCGGCUGGGAGCGCCUCAACGACGAGCUCGCCGAGGAAAACCUCUUCUUCCCACCGGACCCGGGCCCGGGAGCCAUGAUCGGCGGCAUGGUCGGCACCGGGUGCAGUGGCACCAAUGCGUACCGUUACGGCACGAUGCGUGAGUGGGUACUCUCGCUCACGGUCGUGCUGGCCGACGGUACCAUCAUCAAGACCCGGCAGCGGCCCCGUAAGAGCUCUGCAGGCUACGACCUCACCAAGCUCUUCAUCGGCAGUGAAGGCACUCUGGGACUUGUCACCGAGGCGACGCUCAAGGUAACGACCAAACCGCAGAGUACGAGCGUGGCCGUAGCAAGCUUCGGCACGAUCCGCCAGGCCGCCGACUGCGUAAGCAAGAUUGUCGGCCAGGGCAUCGAGGUUGCCGCCGUCGAGAUCCUCGAUGAUGAGCAGAUGAAGUGCAUCAACGCCGCCGGCAUGACGAACAAGUCGUGGAAGGAAGCGCCCACGCUGUUCUUCAAGUUCGCCGGCACGGACCGCGGUGUCAAGGAGCAGGUCGCCAUCGUCCAGGGCCUCUCCAAGUCCUCGGGCGGCCAGUCCUUCGAGUUCGCCAAGACCGAGGAGGAGAAGUCCCAGCUGUGGUCCGCGCGCAAGGAGGCGCUCUGGAGCACCAUGGCGGUCGCGAAGCCCGGCGACAAGGUAUGGACGGGCGACGUCGCGGUGCCAAUGACCCGCCUCCCCGACCUCAUUGAGGAGACCAAGUCGGACAUAAAGGCUAGUGGGUUGUACGGCACCAUCGUCGGACACGUCGGCGACGGCAACUUCCACAUCAUCCUGCUGUCCAAUGAUGAGCAGCGGCACCAGGCCGAGGAGCUUGUACAUCGCAUGGUCAAGCGAGCGGUCGAGCUCGAAGGUACCGUUACUGGUGAACACGGCGUCGGCCUCGUAAAGCGCGACUACCUGCCCCACGAGCUCGGCCAGACGACGGUCGACACGAUGAGAAAGCUCAAACUCGCUCUCGAUCCAUUGUGCCUCCUCAAUGCGGACAAGGUGAUUCGUAUCUCGAAGCCCAAGCCCGGUGAGAUUGCAGAGUGGUAAAAGAUCCAGUGCAUGGCUACCUUCCUCUUGUCGUCAUUCGACGCUUCAACUACGGGGGUUUGGAUAUUUGCUUCGGAAUAGCGUUCCGGAGGCUAAGGUAAAGUCGGAAGGAAUGUGGCGUCUUCUUCCGUCUGCAGCAGGCGAGAACGAUUCUUCUCAUUCGCAGUAGAAUCUUGGGAUGAUGUUGUACUUUUACGUAUCUAAAAACCCGAUGGACGGUUUUGACGCGAGAAACGUGGGAUGGUACUAAUUGUGAC